GACAAAAAAGUGUUUAAUAACUAUUUAAAUAUUUGAAACAUUGUUUGAAUAAUAUCUGCGUUCUUUUUAUGCAGAGUAUUCAGAGAUAUACACACCUGGUUUUCUUUUCUUGCAACGAAGAGCGAAUUUCCUUUCCACCGCAUCGUCCACAUGGUCUUGAAAACUGACUGUCGAGUGUCGAUCACUCAAUCUGCCAAAAACUGUCACAUGACCGAAACUGCAGCUUGUGAUUGGCUAAUUUGGUCACACCACAUUGCCCACAAUGCAAUAGACCACUGACCUGUAUUUAUUAUGACCAGUGAAUUCGAUUCUUCUGGACUAUAUCCUAUUUUUGAGUGGGAUAAUGUUUCAUAUUUUUAUUUCACUGUUUGGUAGUGUUUGCAACCUAAAACAGAACAAAUUUAAGCAAAUUCUUGAUAAACCUCGCAAUAAUUGGUGCUCAGGCGGAUCUGAAAUAGCCUCACUGCCCGCAGAACAGGCUCCUCCAGGAAUUAUUAUAUAGCUCAGUGGCCCCCUACCCACAUUUAUAGGUCAGUGGGGCCCAAUGACCUUAAUAUACACUGGACAGCUGGAUAAUUUGUGUGAAAAAUAAUAUAAAUCUACAACCUUAUUAAACAUACUAUUUCUGAUUGGUCCAUUCUUCUCAGUUAAUUUGCAAUUAGUACUGCUAAUAUGCAGUAACUAUCAGUAACUAUAGAGGAGACUUUACUAACUUCAAACAAGGAAAAUGGCUGGGUCAGAAGGCAACAGUUUAACUAAGAUGGAGUUUGCUGUUCAGAUGACUUGCCAAAGUUGUGUCUUGAGCAUUCAGGCAGCACUAGAGUCAGCAAAAGGAGUUGAAUCUUUCAACAUUAAUUUACAUGAUGAACAAGUAACAGUAGAAACAAACUUGCCUUCUGGUUUGAUACAACAGAUCCUUGAGCAGACAGGAAGAAAAGCGAUAUUGCGUGGCCAUGGUGCAACACAAGAUAGGAGUACAUUCCAUAUUGGAGCCGCUGUUGCAAUUAUGUCCGGUGAAAAUAACAUUCAAGGUGUAAUACGGUUUGUUCAAGUUGAUAACAAAAGAUGUAUAAUUGAUGGUACUAUAGAUGAACUACAACCAGGUGCACAUGGACUACACAUACAUGAGCUGGGUGAUAUUUCUAAUGGCUGUGAAAGUUUAGGGGAUCAUUACAAUCCAAACAACUGCGAACAUGGAGGAAUGUUUGAUGAAGAAAAGCAUAUUGGUGAUUUGGGAAACAUAAUUGCAGAUAAAAAAAAGCGUGCACAGUUUCGUUUGGAAAGUUAUGAUGUUAAGGUGUGGGAUGUAAUUGGUCGAUCAAUUGUUGUGAGUGAACAUGAAGAUGAUUUAGGAAGGGAAAACAAUCCACAAUCAAAAAUUGAUGGCAACUCUGGACUCAGACUUGCAUGUGGUAUUAUUGCAAGGUCAGCUGGAUUAUUUCAAAACACGAAAAAGUUCUGCGCAUGUACUGGGAUGACUUUGUGGGAAGAACGAGACUUGAAAAAAGAGCACCCACUUUCUCAACUCUAAUGUGAUUGAAUAUGCUAAAUAGAUCAGACAAUUUUAUUAUCCUGUUGUGUCCCAGUCUAACCUCAUUUGCACUGUAAAAGCUGGACUGAUUUCAAAUCAGAAAAUAUAUACCUGUCCCCAGUGGCGUAGCCAGCCCGACAAUUUAGUCAAGCUAUGCUAAUAUUUUGGUGUUCAUCGACUGUAA